AUAUAAACAUCACUUGUGGAGGGGAUCUCUCAUUUCCCUAUCAUCAUCAUCCAGUGAAAGCAGUUCUUCCAACACCCUCCAAAAAGAAUGGAUAGUAGUAAUUAUUUUGGAGAACCAAACCUUGGAUAUGAAAGAGGAAAUGGAUCUUCUUCUUCUUCUUCAUAUACUUCAUCAAGAAAAGGGAAGAAGAGUAAUUCAGAUAAGCCAAAGCAACCUCAAAGAGGACUUGGUGUUGCUCAGUUGGAGAAAAUCAGAUUACAUACUCAAUUGCCACCCCCUUAUCAUCAUCCACCUACUCCUUAUAAUUACAACCAACCAUCUCAUUCUCAUUUCAAUUACAAUGAAGAUCAAAAAGCAAUACAAAUGUCAUAUUCAUCAUCCUACUCACCUAAUUCAUAUGCCUUCCAACCACAUAGUAAUAUGAUGGGUCUACCUGAAUAUGAAAGAACAAAUAUCACAUAUGGAGAUUCUUACCCAAGAUGGCAACAUGGCAAUGUGAUCUCGGAGAACCAGUAUCCAUCUCAAACUAACAUAACUCAACCCUUUCUAAAUUUAUAUGACUCUCAAAACAUAGAUAUGAAGAAGAGGAGUAGUUCCAUGGGUUCAGAAUCAAGUGACACUCAAGAGCUAGAUUUGGAGUGCAGCCGCGACCAUCUGUUUCUGAUACCUUCUGCUGGCUGCCCGACGAAGGAGCAGGCAGCUUCGCAGAUUUGGAGCAGGCUGCCAACUAGAGUGGAAUUGCGGAGAAGGGAAGUAAUAAGAGAUGUUCACCGACAAUGUUGUGUGUGUGCUGCUUUAGAGAAAUUGAAACAUCUAGCCAUUUGUUUGCAACUUGCUCAGAGACGUUGGAAGCGUGGAGCUUGAUUUUUAAUUGGUUGGGAGUGGGGGCUGAAGGUUUGGGAUGGUGAUGUAGUAAACAACUUUCAUUAAUUCAAUCCAAUUUGCAAAGGUAAGAAAAGUAAAAAAAGUAUCGCAUUUAGUGUGGUUAACAACGGCUUGGUGCAUGUGGUUGGAGCGAAAUAAUGUUAUUUUUAACAGGAAGGUUGCAAAUUAUUUAGAGGUGGUUGACCAUAUCAAGAGCCUAUCUUGG